UAAGAAGAGAAAAUGGUCGUGUGAAGAACUCAGAAACCUCGUGCUUAAUAUGGUUCUUCCUUCAUUAGCAUUUUCAGGGUCUAAGGGAGGAAACAAAUGGCCUGUAGCCCGAAUUAAAAAUUUUUGGUCCAAAGCAGAACAACCAUCUUUUUGGCCGUUACACAUACUGUUUUGUUCACCAUCAGCAAGAAAAGAGAUUCCACUAGAUGGCAACAACGAUAAGAAAAUUUUCAGGAAAGUUCUCAACAAGGCAGAACUAACCGAAAUCGUCCUUUCCUAUUGGAAUUACAUUACAGACUUUAAUGAAGAAAACAUCGAAGAAGAGUACCAAGACAUGGAAAAAGAAACUGAUAUAGAGGAAAUAAACGAGGAGAAAGCAGAUGAGUUCAAACAAGAAAAGAAGCAUGAAGAUAUCGACAAAGAAGAAAUUCGAGAUGAAGAUAUGGACUACGAGCAACACAGAGAAAUAUCUUAAAGAAGAAGGAAACGAAGAAGACGAAAUGGGACCAGAGGAACAUUUCAUGAUGCAAGAAAAGGAAUGAGAUUAAUAUUUAGAUAUCUUUUUCUUCACCAUCAAAUCUUAUGUGCAAUUUCUGAGUUUAGACCGAAAGCACAGACUUAAAUAUCAAAGAUAUGUAUG